CACACACACACACACACACACACACACGCUAAGCCCCGCCCCUUCUCCGCCGUGCUCACAUCGUUGUCCCCGCGCACUCCCCGCUCAGACUCAAAAACCUUCACCCACCACUCGCUGCCCCGUGCCAAAACGCCGCUCAGGAUGAUGUUACAGAGGAGUUCCCGCGUCUGGGCGUCGUGGCGGAGACUCAGGCACCUCCGAGGGUCCUUACGAGGGCUGUCAUGCACGGCGUCACUCAGCAACAGCAACGGCGGAGCAGCAUCAGGGGUGCAGGAGAGGGCAGACACUGUGAUUAUUGGUGGCGGUAUCGCGGGCACCGGCAUAGCUUACCACCUCGCCAGACAGGGCCAGAAGGAGGUGCUGCUGCUGGAGAAGACGGAGCUGACGGCGGGCUCGACAUGGCACGCGGCGGGGCUAACCACCACCUUCCAGGGCGUCGUGAACCUGAAGAGACUCCACUACUACAGCCUCAACAUGUACAGUCAGCUGGCGGAGGAGACGGGCCAGGAGACGGGGCUGCACCUGUGUGGCUCAAUCAGGCUGGCCACCACACCUGAGCGCGUCGACGAGAUGAAAUAUCAGAUGUCUCGCCACGGUCAUCACGAGGCUCCACAAUGCCUCCUCACGCCGGAACAGGUCCUGGAACACGUCCCCAUUGCUAAUAUUGAUAAUAUAUUGAUGGGUCUCUACACUCCUAAUGACGGCCACGUGGACCCUUACUCCCUGACGCAGGCCAUCGCGAGGGGCGCCAGAAAGUACGGGGCGAAGCUGCUGCAGGGCGUCGGGGUGGAGAGCCUGACGCUGCGGGAGGACGGCAGGUGGCUCGUGUCCACCACCCAGGGCGACGUGCUGGCCGACAGGGUGGUCAACGCGGCAGGCUUCUGGGCCAAGGAGGUCGCUAAGAUGGCCGGAUCCGACUUGCCACUCGUACCCAACCACCACCAGUACCUCGUGACCUCGACGGUGCCGGAAGUGAAGGCGCUGAAGAAGGAGUUCCCCGUCCUGCGGCACCUCGAGGGCUCCUUUUACCUCAGGAUGGAGCGGGACGGCCUGCUCAUCGGCCCCUACGAGUCGCCGGAGUCCAUGAAGCAGUGCGAGGACUGGGUCAGGGACGCCGUGCCCAAAGGGUUCGGGAAGGAGCUGUUCGAACCAGACCUGACCCGUCUAGAACCGCAUCUGGAGGUGGCGAUGGAGUUGAUGCCUUGCUUCGCUCACGCCAGCAUCCAGAGCGUGGUGAACGGCCCCAUCACCUACACCCCCGACGUGCUGCCUCUCGUGGGACCUGACAUCCUCCCGAACAUGUGGAUUGCGGCUGGUUUCGGGUACGGCAUCGUCCACGGCGGCGGCAUCGGCAAGUUCCUGGCAGACUGGAUCCUCAACGGGGAGCCGCCCUUCGAGCUGACGGAGUGCGACCCGCUGAGGUUCGGCGAAUGGACGAGCGACGAGUACGUGCUGGCCAAGGCGCGGGAGAGCUACGGGAUGAACAACGCCAUCUCCUUCCCCCACGAGGAGCGCUUCGCAGGGCGGCCCACGAGGCGAGUAUCUGGGGCCCAUGAUCAGCUGGAGCGGCGGGGGGCACGCAUGCACAUUCACAGCGGGUGGGAGCAGCCGGCGUGGUUCGCCCCAUCAGGAAAACCCGAGUACCGGCCAAGCUUCAGGAGAACCAACUGGCACGAGGCUGUGGAGGGCGAGGUGUCCAGGGUCAUGACCUCGGCUGGCAUCAUUGACCUCACGCCCUUCGCCAAGCUGGUGGUGGAGGGGCCCGACGCGGCGCGCUUCCUCGACCACGUCACUGCCAACAAGCUCCCGAAGGUGGGCCGCACGGUCAUUACCCACGUGCUGACGCCCUCCGGCCGCGUGUACGCCGAGCUGACGGUCACCAGGACGAGGGACGACUCCUUCCUGGUCAUCACGGGGUCGGGCGUGGAGCUGCAUGACCUCAGGUGGCUUCAGGAGCAGGCGAGGCUGGGCGGGUGGAAGGUGAGCUUUGCCAACAAGACGGAGGAGCUGGGGUGCCUGAGCGUGGCGGGCCCCAAGGCGAAGGACAUCAUGGCCAAGCUGUCCCCGGUGUUUGAAGGAAAGUUCCCGUUCUUCGCGGCCAAGGAGGUGAGUCUGGCAGGUGUGGAGACGCUGGCCCUCCGACUCUCCUACACGGGGGAGUUGGGCUGGGAGCUCUACCACCCCCGUGCACAGUCCGCCACGCUCUACGAGGCUCUGCUGGACGCCGGGCACGACCACGACUUGGGGGACUUCGGGACGCUGGCGCUGAACGUGAUGCGGCAGGAGAAGGGCUUCAAGAUGUGGGGCGCCGAGAUGAACGUGGACACGACCAUCACUGACGCGGGGCUCAUGGCCUUCGUCAACCUCAACAAGGGGGACUUCGUGGGUCGCGAGGCGGUGUUGGAGCUUCUGAAGCACCGGCAGAAGCGUUACCUGGUGCAGGUCACGGUGGACAGCCCCGACGUGGAGCCUCACGGUGACGAAACGGUGUGGCUGUGCGGGAAGGUCAUCGGCAACACCACCAGCGGCUGUUUCUCGCACCACCUGCAGAAGCACCUCGCCUUCGCCUACCUGCCGCCCUCCCUGGCCGUUCCCGGCGCGCAAGUGCAGGUGGAGCUGCUGGGUGACCUACACACAGCCACAGUUCUGGAUGCCCCCCCGGUCCUCACCCACACCGCCAGGGCCAAGGCAAAGAAGUAGGGAAUCCUCCACCAUUCGCCCUGUCAAGCUCAUAACGGACCCUGCCACACAUUCCCUUGCAUAGAGAGAGGCGAAGCAGCGAGGAAGGUGUCAGACUGUUCGAAGCUUCACGGACCUUUGUUGUUCGGUUCGUUUGUAGCUUGAAUCUUUUCCUCCCCCUUCCCUCUGUCAUUGAUGUAGAGUUGGUGUAUCGGUUCGGUGUUAAGGAGUUGGGUUUAGAGUUAUUUUUUGGAGUAUACCGGUGUUUUAUGAUGAGAGAGAGAGAGAGAGAGAGAGAGAGAGAGAGAGAGAGAGAGAGAGAGAGAGAGAGAGAGAGAGAGAGAGAGACUCGUAAAUAAUAUUGAUAUGUAUACGAGUACUUCCGGCUAAAGAAACUAGUCUCCAUUUGGCCAGUUCCACAGUUCAAUACAGCUAGAUUUGUAAGUUCCAAAACCAAACACUUAAUAGUACGAAAAAUCCUUGUAUAGUGUUUGGCGAUCAUUCAAAAGAUAAGAAAUUCGUAAGAGUAUACAAGAAAUAUUUUUAGUAUUCAGGCGCCCAGGAUAGUGUUGUGAAUUAAAGAAAUGUGAUAUUCCUAUUUUCUUAAUAUAAGAGGUUUGAAUACACGCCUUGAAAGUG